GUGUCUCUGUGGUUUCUCUUCCGGGUUGCGCGUCCGGCAGCAUGGCGGCGCACCUGAAGAAGCGGGUGUACGAGGAGUUCACCAAGGUGGUGCAGCAGCAGCACGAGGACUUGUCCACUAAGAAGCUGCGGUUGACCAAGCCCAGCAAGUCAGCAGCGCUCCAUGUGGACCUGUGCAAAGCCACCUCGCCUGCGGAUGCCUUGCAGUACCUGCUCCAGUUUGCCAGGAAGCCUGUGGAAGUGGAGAGCGUGGAAGGGGUUGUGAGGAUCCUGCUGGAGCAUUAUUACAAGGAGAAUGAUGCUUCUGUGAGGCUGAAGAUCGCUUCCCUGCUGGGCUUGUUGUCCAAAACGGCUGGGUUUUCUCCAGACUGCAUCAUGGAUGAUGCCAUUAACACUCUUCAGAAUGAGAAGUCUCACCAGGUCCUUGCUCAGCUGCUGGACACCCUGUUGGUGAUUGGCACAAAACUCACAGAGAAUCCACCAGUCAGGAUGAGACUGGUCGAGGUGGCCUGCAAGCAUCUGACAGAUUCUUCCCAUGGUGUAAGGAAUAAGUGUCUGCAGUUAAUCGGCUGUCUUGGACCAGUGGAAAAAGGUGCUGCAAAAGAAUCUGAAAGCCAGACUGCCAAAGAUGUGCAGAAGAUCAUAGGAGAUCAUUUUAAUGACCAAGAUCCCCGGGUUAGGACUGCAGCUAUAAAAGCCAUGCUGCAGCUUCAUGAAAGAGGAUUGAAAUUACAGCAGGCUAUUUACAGUCAGGCCUGCAAGCUGUUGGCAGAUGAUUACGAGCAAGUGCGUAGUGCUGCAGUUCAGCUCAUUUGGGUCCUUAGUCAACUCUACCCUGAAAGCAUCGUCCCAAUUCCUUCUUCUAAUGAGGAAAUCCGCUUGGUUGAUGAUGCCUUUGGCAAAAUCUGUCACAUGGUCAGUGAUGGUUCCUGGGUUGUGAGAGUGCAGGCUGCCAAGUUAUUGGGUUCUAUGCAACAAGUUAGUUCCCAUUUCUUAGACCAGACUCUUGACAAGAAGCUCAUGUCGGAUCUGAGGAGGAAGCGCACUGCACAUGAGAGAGCCAAAGAACUCUACAGCUCUGGGGAGUUUUCCAGUGGCAGAAAGUGGGGAGAUGAUGCCCCCAAAGAAGAAAUCGAUACAGGGGCUGUAAACUUGAUUGAAUCAGGAGCUUGUGGGGCUUUUGUUCAUGGCCUGGAGGAUGAGAUGUAUGAGGUUCGGAUCGCUGCAGUUGAAGCCCUGUGUAUGCUGGCUCAGUCCUCGCCUUCCUUCGCGGAGAAAUGCCUGGAUUUCUUGGUUGACAUGUUCAAUGAUGAAAUAGAGGAGGUGAGGUUGCAGUCAAUACACACCAUGAGGAAAAUUUCCAACAACAUCACGCUGAGGGAAGACCAGCUAGAUACUGUGCUGGCUGUCUUGGAGGAUUCUUCAAGGGAUAUUCGGGAAGCACUUCAUGAACUGUUGUGUUGCACCAAUGUCUCCACUAAGGAAGGCAUCCAUCUGGCACUGGUGGAGCUGCUGAAAAACCUGACCAAGUAUCCCACUGACAGAGAAUCCAUAUGGAAAUGCUUGAAGUUCCUGGGGAGCAGGCAUCCCACUUUGGUGCUUCCCUUAGUCCCAGAGCUGCUGAGCACACAUCCAUUCUUUGACACUCCAGAACCAGACAUGGAUGACCCAGCCUAUAUUGCUGUUCUGGUUCUGAUUUUCAAUGCUGCUAAAAGUUGCCCAACGAUGCCUGCCCUGUUCUCUGAUCACACAUUCAGACAUUAUGCCUAUCUACGGGACAGCCUCUCUCACCUGGUCCCUCCCUUAAGAUUGCCAGGCAGGAAGCUGGUGUCCUCCCCUGUCUCUCCCAGCAUUACACCCCAUGAAGAUCCUUCCCAGCAGUUCUUACAUCAGAGCCUGGAGAGGGUUUACAACCUUCAGCACCUCGACCCACAGGGCAUCCAGGAGCUGCUGGAAUUCACCAUCCGUGAUCUUCAGAGGCUUGGAGAGCUGCAGUCAGAGCUGGCAGGGAUGGCAGACUUCACUGCGACUUACCUUCAGUGUCAGCUCCUCCUCAUCAAGGCGCUGCAGGAGAAGCUGUGGAACGUGGCAGCUCCUCUGUACCUGAAGCAGAAUGCAUUGGCAUCUGCUGCAGCAAAGCAGAUCUUGGAAGAAACAUACAAGAUGGAGUUCAUGUACAGCGGGGUGGAAAGCAGACAAGUGGUCAUCAUUCACCACAUGAGGCUGCAGGCAAAGGCCCUACAGCUGAUAGUGACUGCACGGACCACCAGAGGAGUGGAGCCCCUGUUUGGGAUGUGUGAGAAGUUCCUGCAAGAAGUGGAUUCCUUUCAGAGAUGUUUCAUCUCUGAGCUCCCACACAUGCAGGGCAGUUUUGUGGAUAAACUGCUGGACUUAAUGCCCAGGCUUGUGACAUCCAAACCUUCAGAAGUGGUCAAGAUCCUUCAGACAACACUGCGACAAAGUACCUUCCUCCACCUUCCUCUUCCAGAGCAGCUCCACAGAGCUACUGCAACCAUCAUCGAGCCCACUGGUGAAUCUGACAACCCCCUGAGGUUCACCUCAGGGCUGGUGGUGGCUCUGGAUGUUGAUGCAACUCUGGAACACGUGCAGGAUCCCCAAGGAACUGUUAAAGUUCAGGUAUUGUAUCCAGAUGGACAAGCACAGCUCAUCCAUCCUAAACCAGCAGACUUCCGAAAUCCUGGUCCGGGAAGGCACAGACUGAUAACUCAGGUUUACCUCUCGCACACAGCCUGGACAGAGCCCUGUCAGAUCGAAGUGCGCUUGCUGCUGGCUUACAACUCUAACCGGAGCAAGGCAGCUGCUAAAAUGCCCAAAUCCGCCUGGAACGAGAGCUUGGAGGCUCUGCCACCAUCUGAAAAUGGCAUAGAGGGAACCAUCCCCUUCAGCAAGCCUGUCAAGGUGUACAUAAUGCCCAAACCUGCCAGGCGGUGAAGGCUGCUGCUGUGAGGAAUGUAUUUAUGGGCUCUUUGGCUGACAUGGAAGCAGUAUGAUGUGUUCCAAGAGUGAACCCAACCCCAACUGGUUUAUAUUGGGUUCAGACAGUCAAGCACAGAUAUAAAGCUGCUGAAGAACUUUGGUCUUCUGUGUUAGGAAGCAGACAGACUGACACAGGCGUUAUUCAUCCAGUGAAGACCAGUUUCAAGCCAAUUCAGUAUUGAACCCAGGCAGCUCCCAAUCACCAUUCCAGUAGUAAUUCAAUUGGGGCCUGCCUUCAGUUCUACUUACUAGGAGGUUCUCCUCCAAGCCUUUAGGUUUUCUGCUGUGUAUUUACCAUGUAAAUGCUGAAGCACAAGAAUCAGGGUUAUUUUUACAGUACUCAGAAGCAAAGCUGAGGAGUGUGGGUGUGUGUGAGGUCUUUUGGGUCACUUUGGGUUCUUUUUGAGUGUCUAAACCUUGCAUUUGUGCAUUGGUACCUAAAUUCUUAGUAAAGCCAAAUAAAUACUCUCAAGUGCUGUU